GUAUAUCUACGUCAUGAAAAUGAAAGAGUAUUUAAAGAAGAGCUUGCCCCGUCCUGCUAACCAGAGCGCGUUUUCUCGACGUUAAAUAGUUUUGGUUUAGUGCAUAGAGGUCGCCAUUUUUGUCCGAGUCCUUUACUCUUUCUUUAAAACAAUUGCUACCGGUGCUUUUUGGAAUCUACCAAUAUCCAAGCUUAGGCGCCUCACGAUAUUUAUUUAACCUCAACAGGGAACUCAAUUGCUUGAAAAGUUUUAACAAUGCCUCUUUUAUCAGCCGAAGGAAAACUCCUUGUACGGAACAUCAUCUUCCUUGGAUUGGCGUUUUCGAGCGUGAUAGCUCAUUUCUUUACGUCUCCUUCCAUCCAAAAGGUGUUCCGACAGAACUUAACGCCAUUCUCGGCGAACAAGGUUCUGCUGCUGUUUUAUUUUCUUGCACAGAUGCUUUCAUUUGCGGGAAUGAGCGCUCCUCUGUAUUUCGUACAGGGUGAGGCAGACGAGGUAGUAAUGGCCGCGAACAAAUCGAUCCUGUUCAUCUCAAUUUUUAUCUUCGGCUGGACCUUUGCUUGGACAGGCCGCUCAAUGGUUUGGUCAGCACUUCUUAGCUUGUUUAUGUUCUCCCAGGCGUCUCGUAUGUACUUCCGCAAUGUUCGUAUGCACAAGGGACCCGUUUUCUACACAACUGUCAAACUUCCAAGUAAGAUGUUCUUUGCUUUUUCAAUCUGGCUUCUGGUAUACACGAUGAGCGCCUUCUUUGAUUGCAAGUCGCUUCCUUGCCGUGUUUUCUCCAACGUUAUGAUCUGGUUCAUCGCAGGCGCUUACUUGGUUCCUAUUUUCGCAUUCUAUGACGCUACUCUCGCUUUCUUGAGCAGCUAUAUUUUCUUUUCUAUGGGCGUCGGACAAGUUAUGAUCAGCCUCUUCACUUUACAGUACGUUUUUGCAUUCCUUUUGUCAAUUAUCCUGGCCGUGGUCGGCGUUGGAGCUCUGUUUAUGCCCAAACGUACUCCGGCAAGCCCUGCUGGUGAUGUUGAACAGGCACCUCUUCUUAAUGACAGCGCAUAAAGUCGCUAGUGUGGAAUGCUAGUGAGUGUGAAUGCUUUCUGACAUAAGUGGGCAUUCAAAAAACGAAGUAUCAUGCAACUUGUGCAGCGAAUUCAGACAAGUCUGGAACUUUCGUUUUAAUUGUUUACUUUUGUCGUGUGCCGUACAGGCCCCACGAACCCUACCAUCUCAAAUUCAUACUGUUGUAUCUUUUACAGUAAGCAUUUUGUCAAUCGAGAUCGAGCCGUGUUAUAUUAAUGAUCGUAUUUUGCUAGUAAUAAUCUUUUAACUAACUGAUUCGAAGACGAAACAAAAGUCC